GGAAGGGGUCGCUUUCUGUCUAUCGGUCUAUAGACACAUGGUCAUUAGAAGUUUUCUGAUUUAAAAUUUAAUUGCUAUUUCAUCAUUCAGUAUAAUAAUUAAUCUGUAUAAGUUUCAUCAUGCCUCUGAGUUGCAGAUUUUAUGCACAGAAAUAUCCUGAAGUAGAAGAUGUCGUCAUGGUUAAUGUUCAGUCUAUAGCUGAAAUGGGUGCAUAUGUUCGUCUUUUAGAAUAUAAUAAUAUAGAAGGAAUGAUUCUAUUAUCUGAAUUAUCAAGACGACGUAUUAGAUCUAUUAAUAAAUUAAUUAGAGUUGGUCGAAGUGAAUGUGUAGUUGUUAUAAGGGUUGAUAAAGAAAAAGGUUAUAUUGACUUAUCUAAACGAAGAGUAUCUCAAGAAGAUAUUGCAAAAUGCGAAGAGAAGUUUGCAAAAGCUAAAGCAGUGAAUAGUAUACUAAGACAUGUUGCAGAAGUUCUCUCUUAUGAAACAGAUGAACAGUUAGAAGAGCUUUAUGAGAAAUCUGCUUGGUAUUUUGAUGAAAAAUAUAAAAAACAAGCCAGCUCAUUUGAUGCCUUUAAACAUGCUGUGAAUGAGCCUUCAAUUUUAGAUGAAUGUGGUCUAGAUAAAAAGACUAAAGAAGUUCUUUUAGUUAACAUAAAAAGAAGAUUAACUCCACAAGCAGUCAAAAUUCGUGCUGACAUUGAAGUUGCUUGUUAUGGUUAUGAAGGUAUUGAUGCAGUGAAAUCUGCACUUCAAGCUGGAAUUGAUUGCUCUACAGAAGAUAUGCCAAUUAAAAUUAAUCUAAUUGCCCCACCACUGUAUGUGGUAACAACCACCACUAUGGAUCGAACAGAAGGAUUAGAAGCUCUAAAAAAUGCACUCGAGGUCAUAGAAAAUUCUGUUAAAUCUAUAGAAGGUGGAAUAUUUAAUAUUCAGAAUCAGCCCAAAGUUGUUACGGAAACAGAUGAAGUUGAGUUGGCCAAACAAUUGGAUCGUCUAGAACAAGCUAAUGCAGAAGUUCCCGGAGAUGACGACGACGAAGAGGCCGAGGCCGGCUCGGAUGGAAAUGAACAGAAUGAAGAUGAAGAGAUGAUGACGUAGAUUUAUAAAAUUAUUAAUGAAGUUUUUUGCAAUCAUUUCUAAUAAGAGAAAUUUAUAAAAAGUUAUUGGAAAAAGAAAAAUAUGAAUGUACGGAGAAAUUUAUUUAAAAUUUUCUGAGUUGAAAUCUCCUAAAUCAAAUGCCACAAAUUCCAUCAUGAGAGAUUUCAAUUUCUUUUACAAUGACUAAUGUAUUUUUAUUUUUAU